AUGGCUGGCAUGAGCUUCAGUGCUGCCAUGCAGUUUGCCUCAUUCUUGGCGUUCUGCCUCUUCCUGUGUUCUGCUCCUGCUGCUGGCUUGUCACAGUUCGACCCGGCGAGCUGCAACCAGACGAAUCCUUGCUGCACGUCAGCAGAUGUUGUGACAGCUCUGAUAGGAUCGGCUUCAAAAAGCUUCUGCAAGAUAGAGUAUCCAGUCAGGAACGAAGAGAAUUGGGACAUCGAGCUGGUCAGGAAGAAGAACAGAGCGGCGAUUAGCAAGCUAGCCGAUCUCGAGGCGCUGGGAUGCAGUCAUGAACCAUGCAAAGGUUGGGCUGGCACUCGUGCCAACAAGUCAGGGGCAGAUGCUCAUGGUGGUGAGUUUCGUUUCGAGACUUGUCGAGAGACGUGCCAGGACUGCUACAGCACGUGCAAGGUCGACACGAGCGCUCAAUGUCUGGGGAACCCGUCGCAGUACGAGAUCGCCUGCAGCUCGGAGAGCAACAUGCUGAUAUGGCGAGUCAACGCUGAGUUUCACAAGCGCGAUACUCCUCUGCUUGCUGCUUGCAACAUACUAAACGAUGUAAACUAUAAAGACGCGAUGUUCAUUCGACGAUGUAUGUUUCCAUCGUGGCGAUUCUGGCCGCACCCUAGAGCUCAUCCUCGAAAAUCUUUCAUUUUCAUAGAUUACAAGCAGAGCGACAGGAGGGCAUUGAAGCAGAGGGGGCUGAGCAUAUUGAAGGCGAUGAGAGCAAACGCCGACGCAAUCGAGAAGUUGUAG